AAUCAAAAAUUCAAAUACUUGGGUCCGGAAAUCUUUGUGUAGAUCGUAUGAUUGUACAUGUACGACUUGUAGAUCUACGUGUUUUGUGGAUGGGUGACCUUGCGCUGCUGUUUCUUUGCCGCAGUGAUGAUUUCGUUUCCCUUGUUGUGAAUCACUGAAUGUCUCGAUACGUGCAGAGUCAACCAAGUGUUAGUCGCAGGGGACUACAACUAUCGGUACAUGUUGUAAGUAGAGAGUCUGCGUCACUUGUCUUUCUUCGCGUCGAGGCUGCUCACAGUAGGACUCCAGCCCCCGCACAAUAAAACGCUUGGUUUUUGAAUGAAUGUCAUGGCAGUGCUCGCUUUUCGUGCACCCAGGCUGUGUUUACUGGAAGGAUAUUAUUCGACGGCUAAGCUUCAAGAUACUGAGGUGUCGGGAGACUGGCAAGCAGCUUCUUAGCUCGUCUCUUGUGUCUUGACUCGCACGUGAGCCUUUAUUGAAUAGUUUGUCAAAACUCCGCCAAAGUUUUCAACUGACAGCCAUUCAAUCAAGAUGUCUGAGGAAGCAAGUGGUGAUAGUUCUUGUGCUGCCAGUGCGUCUGCCAGUGCGGUCAUUGGUCAGGCUGAUCAGAAAACGGGCAUUCCAAGAUGCAUCCCACCGAAAGUAAAUCCCAAUGAGCGCUAUACCGGAGAAAUAAUUGACAAGCCAGGUUACGACAUCUUUGGACAACCGAUCUCUGAAGUCAAGAAGCCUGUUGAUGUGUCUUGUCCCGAGUGUGGUCGAGUUGUUGCAUCCAACCGCUUUAUGCAGCACCUGGAGAAGUGCAUGAUGAACAUGGGCCGCCAAAGCAGCCGCGUUGCUGAACAAAGGAUAAAAACUGGAGAGCAGGAUGACGUGUAUGCUCCGGACGAUGAGGAGGUUGAUGAGGCCGAUGUGGAGGCUGCUUUAGCCGGCAUAGAAGGCCAAAACAAAGGAGCGAGGAAGAGGCUAAGACACUGCGGAUCACCUCGUCCGCAGAAAAUCAGGCGGCUGGCUUUGGGGCCUGAGCAAGGUCAAGACGCCAGUGCCCCGUCAUCCAAUGCCUCCUCUCCGCGCUCGACAGCGACAACGAGUAGCAGUGGCAGCAGCAGCAGCACCAGUGGCUGCUCUGACUGGCAGGCUAGUGGCGAAAGCAUGGCUGUUGGCAUGACAGGUAGCCUGGAGGAGCAGGCCAGCCCAGACAGCGACUCAGAGCUGCUCGCCGAUGCUGUCCCAUCGGGUGCAGACGUGGCUGAUGAAGAAUACGGAGAUGAAGACAGCACCGCCACCGCCGCUGACCAACCUCUGGCAUCUGCUGGCACUGCAGAUGCUGCUGCUGGUGAUGCUAGCGGUGAAUUCUACAAAGACCCAGAGCUAAAUAAGGAUGAGCGUGAAAGCUCUCCAUACAUUCAGUCAAGUGCAGUGUCGAGCAGUGGAUCGGCUUCUUCAACAGCCGUAGCAGAUGGAGUGCAAUCUCGCAAGGGCAAGCGGCGUGGACGGUCCGCCGCAUAACAACACGUACAUCCCAGUGUUUACCAGCGUUUACCAGCGUGUACCAGUGUGUACCUGAUCUGUGUGAGUACCUUUCAUCCUUGUUCGGGUCCCGCCGUGCUCACCUUGUCUGUCUGUCGUGUCUGCUGUUCCGCAAAACAUGUUAAACCUAUCAAGCAAGGAAUAUUAUAUUAUGCAUCUCCCGUAGUACUAGUAGUCCUUUGACACAUUGCUCACCUACAUGCUGUGCUGUGCUGUGCUGCUUUUUCUCGUCGCUGUCAGUUGCCUGUGUGCGUUGUCUAUGAAGUUGGGCAAUAUCGUUCCACUGUAGCUGUGCGCGCAUGUGUGUGGUGUGUGUGUGCGUACAUGCCAUUGACCCAUCCCACCCUGCUCUGUUUGCUAGUGAGCCGAAUUUUACUUCUUUAUCGUUUUCGUUAUUUUUUAACUUAUCUGCUGUGCAUGCUCAUCCCGAUUUAUCCUGGUGCUCUGCAGUGUCCGCCUUAGCAACUACAACCACUAGUGUAUUGCCCUCUUCUCAGGAAGCUCACACACAUCCACACUGAACCUCUCUCUCUCUCUCAAUUCCGUGGGUCCAUUGUUGCAUUGCAGUCUGAUAUUUUUUAUUUAUUUUUUAUUUUUUCUGCUUUAGACUCCAGUACAUGCACCCGAUGUGCUUGAAACUAUUUCAAAUCACCAUAAAACAGACAGCUCUAACUCUAAGAACUGUACAUCCAUCAUAACAUUGUAUGGUUUUUAGAACUUUUAUUUUUUACGUUUUAGGGCGCCCAUGUUGGUGUAGGGGCACCUUUGCAGCCGGUCUUUCAGUUUUACGGUGAUCAUAAUCCUACUUCUGGCCUGGUCUCGAUCAUGAAUUUCACAACUGUUUCUAACUGGUUUCUCAAACAAA